AUGAAAUUUGCAUUCUCAUGUCUUUCCUGUCUAUUUAUUUUCCGCCGGUGUAUAUUAUCUAUCUAUCUAUCUAUCUAUCUAUCUAUCUAUCUAUCUGAGUCUGUUCCUAUCUAUCUAUCUAUCUAUCUAUAUAUAUAUAUAUAUAUAUAUAUAUAUAUAUAUAUAUAUAUAUAUCCCUGUCUGUUAAUAUCUAUCUAUCUAUCUAUCUAUCUAUCUAUCUAUCUGUCUGUCUGUCUGUCUCAGUCUGUUCAUAUCUAUCUAUCUAUCUAUCUAUCUAUCUGUCUGUCUCAGUCUGUUCAUAUCUAUCUAUCUAUCUAUCUAUCUAUCUCUGUUCAUAUCUAUCUAUCUAUCUAUCUAUCUAUCUAUCUAUCUAUCUAUCUAUCUCAGUCUGUUCAUAUCUAUCUAUCCUUCUCAGUCUGUUCAUAUCUAUCUAUCUAUCUAUCUAUCUAUCUAUCUAUCUAUCUAUCUAUCUAUCUCAGUCUGUUCAUAUCUAUCUAUCCUUCUCAGUCUGUUCAUAUCUAUCUAUCUAUCUAUCUAUCUAUCUCAGUCUGUUCAUAUCUAUCUAUCCUUCUCAGUCUGUUCAUAUCUAUCUAUCUAUCUAUCUAUCUAUCUAUCUAUCUAUCUCAGUCUGUUCAUAUCUAUCUAUCCUUCUCAGUCUGUUCAUAUCUAUCUAUCUAUCUAUCUAUCUAUCUAUCUAGUUCUCAGAGAAAUCAUUAUUUACUGAUUUUAAAUGAAUACUUUCAAAUAACCGGUAGCACGACCCAGAGUUUCAGGCAUAAAGCAAAAUUCAUAUUAAUUUUCUUUAAAAAUAGACAUGCAUGA